AGAAUGAGAACAGCUGAAAUAUGUUAGUUGCGCAAACUAGAGACGAGUUCGCAAAUUUUCAUGAAUACACCCAAUAAUUGAAACUUUAUUCAUUUAAUCCACAUUCAUAUGUAUGCAGCUAUCAAUGCACUCAAUCAACGUUACAAAUGCAAGCAAACAAACAACAAUACAUAUGGCAUUCAUACAUACAAACCACUACACUUUUACGGUUGUGAGUCAAUUCAAACUUAGUGAAAGCAAUUAAAUUAACGCCAUCGCAACUAAUCGAACAAUCGAAUUAAAAUAAAAGAACUAGUGAAGGCAACAAGAACUACAUACACACAUACAUACAAUAUAUAAACGAUAAAAACAAAAAAAAACACAUACGAAGAAGAGUAAAAUAACCUCGCAAUGCCGGAGACCAAGUCAACGGCAAGCAUUGAGAAUGGCGUACAGAAGAGCUGCAACAACAGCAAACAUUCAAAUGCAACAACAGAUAAUGGGUACAAUGCAACAGCGGGUGGUGGUGGUGCUGCUGCUACUGAUGGGGACGAAAGUGCAGCGGCGAAGACUACGGGCAAUGCAGUCGAUUUACCAGAUGCUGUAUUGGAUAAAUUAUUUCACAAUUAUUUCUUGAAACAACGUCGUGCGGGCUUCAAAUGGUUUCUGUUUGCAGCGAUACUCUUCAAUGGUUGGACGCUAAUUAUACCGCAUGAACAGAAUCUGGUUCCGCUUGUAUUCACUUUGUUUGUGCUUUGCACGAAUGUGAUGCUUAGCAUAGUUUUGGAUCUGAGACUGAGCGCAUUGAAAAACGUUAAAGACUUACACGAACAAAUUACGAAACAUGCCUCGUAUCUACUAUGGGGCCUCUUUUUGACGCAUUUCACCGUGUAUUUGUAUCUGCAAGGUACUAAUACCUCACCAAGAGAUACACUCGGUUGGAUAAUACUUUUCAACUUUCUAAUUUACGUUACUUUGCCUAUUGAGCUUUUUUACAAUGGUUGCUGCAUGGGUUUCUUGACUGUUGCCAUAUAUCCAUUGCAAAUAUAUUUUUUUGCGAGAAGAGAUCCGAUAUUCCUACAACAAAUACUAGCAAACGUUGGCUUGAUUUUACCGGCAUCAACCAUUGGUCUCAUGUACUAUUUUAUGAGUGAGGCAAAACAGAAGCGUGCUUUUCUGCAAGCCAAGAAGAGUCUCGAAGUGAAAAUGAUUAUCGAGGAACAGUCUGCCGAGCAGGAACGCUUAUUGCUUUCUGUAUUACCAAAGCAUGUGGCUGUAAAAAUGCGUCAGGAUCUGGGUUCGACGAGUUCGGAACCAUUCAAGAAAAUCUAUAUGAGCAGGCAUGAAAACGUGAGCAUUCUUUAUGCGGACAUUGUCGGAUUUACCGCCAUUUCGUCCACUUACAGUGCACAGGAUUUGGUUAAAAUGUUGAAUGAACUAUUCGCACGAUUCGAUAGGCUUGCAGAGAAAUACCAUCAGUUAAGAAUUAAAAUCCUUGGUGAUUGCUAUUAUUGCAUUAGUGGUGCACCUGACGAACGUCCCGACCAUGCUGUGCUCUGUGUACAUAUGGGCCUCUCAAUGGUGAAAGCUAUUAAAUAUGUACAGCAGAAGGCCAAUUCGCCUGUUGAUAUGAGAGUGGGCAUACACACCGGUGCUAUAUUGGCUGGCAUACUCGGUCAGCGGCAGUGGCAAUUCGAUGUUUACUCCAAAGAUGUUGAAUUGGCUAAUAAAAUGGAAUCAAGCGGAAAAGCCGGGCGUGUGCAUAUUUCGGAUAAAACCUUGGCUUUCCUCAGCGGCGAAUUUGAGGUAGAACCGGCACAUGGCGAACGCAGAGAAGAGGCUUUACGCAUUGCUGGCCUUAAGACUUACUUCAUAACUAAAGUUUUGAAGCCGUUUGCUUCGCCCUGCACAAAAAAUAUCAACGAAUGUGGUGAUGUAGGCGAAAAUGAUGUGGGCAAUUUAGUAGAUGAUGAUGCGCUCGACGAAGAAUUGUUAGCUGAGUCAAAAAGUGAAGGUGACAAGACUGAAGAUGCCAACAAAAGCCAGGAGCUAAGCAAGCAAGCUAGCUUCAAAGUACGCCUGCAGGAGGAAUUAAUUGCACGAGAUGGACACGAAGAUCUUUCGAAGUUCACAACAUUCUUCCUAAAAUUCAAGAACAAGAACUUAGAGGAGGCUUAUGCAGCUUAUCGUGAACCUCUUUCUUCUGUGCCAUUGCUAGCUGCUUUUAUUGUUCAAGUCAUCGAUAUUUUGUAUUCUUAUAUUGUGCUUCCAAGAUCACCGUUACAUUUUAUAAAUAUUUCGGCGCCAUUGAUACCAAUUUCUAUGCUCGUCUUCAUCUCAAUUGCCGAAAGUUUUCCUGAUCAUUUACCUGAAUUCUUUGUGAGUCUUAGCAAACGUUUCAAUGAUAUAACAUUCGUACGAGAAUUGGCUGCGAUUAUAAUAGCAGUGACAAUAGGACUCAGUAAUGUUGUGGAUAUGUACUUUUUUGUGACUUUCUUGAAAACGGAUCAUGUCGUUUUGGAAAGCGAAAUAGAUGCCAUCACUGAGGGCAUUGUUGUGGCCGAGCCGGUCUCGGCAUCAAUGCAGGUGUCGCCGCCAAUACCCGGAGAAAUCUUUAUGUAUCCUUCAUAUAUGAGCAACUUUGCUGUGUUGAUACUAAUUGCAACGGCUGUUAUUGCGCAACUAACUCAUAUGACGAAAAUCGUAUUGAUGAUCGUGUUUACAGCUGUUCAUUGCUAUUGCAAUAUAUUCCUCCUGAGCGAUUUAUAUACAUUCGAGGAUGAUCUUGCAUCUAAUCCCGCAAUACCGACUUCGGUCGCCCUAUCUACGGUUCUAAUUAUGGUCACAUUGGCAUUAACGUUUUUUGCGCGACAUAUGGAUCGUGAGGAUCGUGUAAUUUUUAAAUGGAAAACAGAAGUGGCUGAGCAACGUGAAAUGGCAACAGAUAUGCGGCAACGAAAUGAAGCGCUAGUCUAUAACAUACUACCCGUUCAUGUAGCAGAACAUUUCAUGAAGAACACGAAACGAUCACACGAUGAUCUCUACUCGCAAAGUUAUGCUGAAGUGGGUGUGCUAUUUGCGAGCAUGCCCAACUUUUCAGAUUUUUAUUCAGAGGAAACCGUUAACAAUCAAGGACUUGAAUGUUUGCGCUUUCUAAACGAAGUGAUAUCCGAUUUUGAUGCGUUACUUGAGCUUCCACAAUUUCAAGAUAUAAUUAAAAUAAAAACCAUCGGUUCCACUUAUAUGGCCGCAAGCGGCAUCAACUCAAAUCGCAUAAGUCAACCGAAUGAUCCAAUCACCAAACGUUGGGCCCAUCUGGCUAUCUUGGUGGAGUUCGCUCUGGAGUUGAAGAAAGCUUUACAGGGUAUCAACGAGCAAUCGUUUAAUCAUUUUGUGCUUAAAAUGGGUAUUAAUCAUGGUCCAAUAACGGCUGGUGUAAUUGGUGCACGAAAACCUCAUUAUGAUAUUUGGGGUAAUACCGUGAAUGUUGCGUCGCGCAUGGAGAGUACGGGCAAAGCUGGUGCCAUACAGGUGACAGAAGAAACUUGCAAUAUUCUACAAGAAUUUGGCUACACUUUCCAACAACGUGGACUUGUUAGUGUUAAGGGUAAAGGUCAACUUAUGACCUACUAUUUAAUGGGAAAAGCCGAUAAGGGCAGCAUCACAUACCCAACUGUGCGUCAAUCGAGUGACGAGCACUUAAAGCCCGUAAUAGAAAAUCAUUUACAAACAACAAACGAACAUUGCAAUGGACACUCGGCCAUAAAUGGCAUUGGAGCUGGUGAUGUGCGGCACAAAGAGAUCAAUGAACCUGAUAUAAAAACACCACUUUUAGAUAUAAAGGCGCAUGAUAGUAGCACGAUGGCUGAUGGCGAGGCAGAUGCAUUGAUAAAUUAGAUUUUAUGAGAAAAAAAAAUUAAAAAAAAAAGAAAUCAAAAUGAAAAACAAACACCAUAUACUAGUAAACUAUACAAAAGGAGUUUAGUAAUUCUGUGUGUUAAACUAGCAUAUGUAAGGGCAAAGUACGAUUAAGUGUGCUGUAACGAAUACCGUCGACGAUACUGCAAAACGGUCUCAUACUUGCACCGGAAUGCAUCUGCAAAUCGUUACAUCCUAAUAAACGAAUGACAAAACUGUUUUCCGUGUUUAAUUUGGGCCAAGUUCCUUAUCUAGUUGUUUGCUGGGUUAGAGCUGUUUCGGCCGUUGAGUUAAAAGCGUUGCCGUUCUAAUAAAAACAGACUCCCUCUACGAAACAGCUCUAACCCAGCAAACAAAACUGUUUUCCUUUGGCUGAUAAAGAUGAACGAUUGCCAGAAGCGAUCAGGUAACAGAUCAAUUAGGCACCAGAGGUAAUAAGUCAUAGCACGUUUUGCAGUAUCACCAACGAUAUGUGUUAUACAGCGGCUGUCAUAUAAGGGAGACGCUGAAAUUUUGGGUAGGAAAGGAAAUCAAUAGAUUGGAUAUAUCCCUACACCCUUAUGGUUGCUUGCGUCCUAUCCAAAAAAAAAAAAAAGCAAACAUCAAAGAACAACAAAAAUUGUACAGAAGCAAUAUUCAAAUCAAGACAUACUUACAUACAAACAUAAAACCAUAGUAAACACUCAACCAAGCAAACAUACGUAUACCAAACAGAUUUUUUGCAUUAAUUAAAUACUAUAUAUAAACACAGUAUAUAAUAAAUAUUUAUGUACUAAGUAUAUGUGAGUAUGAAGAACAAAAAAGAGUAAAUAAAUAGUAGGAAAAAAAUUCAAAAUAUUAACUGUAUGUAAGUGAUUACCUACGUAGUCAAAAGAAGAAGAUAUGUAUCUGCCUUUUCCUGGGUUUACAUAUGUAUGUAUUUUGAUGCCCAAUUUUGACUGCCAGCC